AUUUAAAGAUCUCAUGCGCCUAUUAUACUUCAAUAAAAAGGCUGGUUGCAUUGUGAGACAGUUGAUAAGUGUCACAAGUAUUCCACUUGGACUGUUUUGGUUUCUGUUUUUGAUUACGAAUUGUACGUGAAUAACAAAGUUGAAACACAAUUGAACUUGUUGACUUCAAUACUGAAAAUGGCCGCGCCUGGCUUGGAUAAACAAUCCGAGCAGGCCGGUACAGAUUCUUGUACAUCUGAUAAGUUUAUCCCUGAAAAUGAAAAGAUUGAAGGCGAAGAAGUUCCUCUUAAUACAAGUUGGACGUUUUGGAUUGAUAAGUCAGAGCGGGGAGUAUCAGCUGCUGAAUAUCAAGCCAAUCUGAAAAUGAUUUACACAGUUUCCACGGUUCAGAGCUUCUGGAGUGUCUACAAUAACAUUCCAGAGGUACAAGAAAUAAGCCAGAGGUAUACUUAUCAUCUAAUGAGGGGUGAAAGAAGGCCUCUGUGGGAGGAGGAAUACAACAGUCGUGGGGGUACCUGGCGUCUGAAGUGUUUGAAGAGGGAGUCUCCUCAAGUAUGGAAGGAACUACUACUGGCUGCCAUAGGAGAACAGUUUGCUGAGAAUACUGCUUCUGAUGAUGAUAUCUGUGGAGUCAGCAUUAGUGUUCGAGACAAAGAUGACCUAAUACAGAUUUGGAAUAUUGAUUCAAGUCUUGCUGAAGAAGCUUCUGUUCUGAACAAGGUUCACCAGCUCUUGCCAGAUGUGUCCUUCCAAGCAGAAUUUUAUAAACCUCACUAUACCCAUAUUGCUUAUGAAGGUGACAACAAGGGAUCAACGUGAGGCAUAAUUAAAUAUAGGAACUGUAUAGACAAGAAAUCACUGUAUUUUUAUAUUGAGAUUCCCUUUUCCUUUUUUUUGUCUUAUUCUAGUUGGGAUCUAACUUUUUGUUUUAAAGUUCCUUCCAUGAAAAUACAAUAUAAAGCAUUGAGUUAUUAGUUAUUUGUAUGAUAGACAGUAUAGUCUAAGAAUGUUGUUCGGGUGGCUAAAAAGUAUAUAUAUGGAAAGAUAACUGUUUAUUCUAUUAAGCAUACCUCCUGACAGAUGAUGUAUUUGUCUUUUUUUAUGGUUUUUAAUUAAGGUAAUUCAUCUGUGAUUGGAUCUUGUAAAGAAAAAAAGAAACUAGUGUAACAACCAAGAAAAUAUUAGGCACGAGAUAAAAAAAAAAAAAAAUUGCAAAACUAAAUGUUUUGGUAUAUCUUUUUAGAAAAUUACAAAAAUGUUAUUCUUUUAUGAUGGCAUAACAACCUAUGUUAAUAUAAUGAAAGAUAAGGUUUAAAUCUUGUGUAUCUUAGCCCCGUGAUUUUUUUUUGAUGAAAAAGCUUUUUUGAUAGCAAUUAUGUGCAAAGGUUGGAUUAUGGAAUAUUAGAUGAACUUAAUACUGAAUUAUAUGAAUAUUUUACGCAAAGGCCAAAGUAAAAAAAAGAAUUUGUGACAAAAUACUUUUAUAAAGAUAUGUUAAGCACAUAAGAAUUUUGAAUGGAUUAUGUAGGUUUUGUUUUAAUUUGCAAUAGACUGUUAAAUGUCUUUUAAACUUGUGUAUUGUAUAGUUAUAUUUUUAUGCAUUAUAAUUUCAGUAUUUAAAUAUUGUAUAUUAAUCUAACUCUAAAGAUAUACUAAUAACCAAUACAAAAUUAGAUCUACACUGAAUGUUAUGUUAAAUUAAAAUUGCUUCCACCUAAAGUACUAAUAUGGUGGCAAAAUUAUUACUGUACUGUAUGAGUAACUUCUGAAGUAAAAUAUCUAAGUAACUGAGUUUUGUGAUUAUCUGUGUACAGUGUGGAAUCUUCAGAAUGAUUACAAUAGUUGUUGGAUUCAGUGAGUAAUUGGGAUGAAUAUUAGAAAGAAUCUUUGAAAUUUAAAACUGAUGCAAUGCAUUAAAUGUUUGGCUUUUAAAUUAUGUUUGAAAAUAAUAAGAAAGUUAUAAUGUAUACAUUGAAACAGAAAACAGGGCAUGACAAUUUGUAUUUAGUAAGUUAUUAGUAAUAGAGUUCAGUAUUUCAGCAGCUUAACGUUUUAAAAAGUAUACCAUUUAACAGAUAGUAUUUUCAGUGUAGCUACAAAGUUAUUUCUAUAGUCAGGAGCUUCUAGCAGAAUUAAAUACAUUGCUUGAAAGAUUUCUAAAAGUUCUGAGACUUGGAAGUCUUAUAGAAAACCUCAAAGUCUGUAACUUGUACAAAAUGUUAACAUUUUUUUAAACUUGUAUUUUAGGAUCUGAGUCCAUACUUAUCUUUAACAUCUGUCAUUGGAAGUUGCAGAGACGAUUGUCAUAUUCUGUUGGAUAAACCUGUAUGUCUGUAUCACAGUAGAUGCCGGAUAAGAUUUCAAAGAUACAACUUGAACAUAUUUGUUGAUAAAUUAUCUUUACGAUUUUAAUAAUAACUAGAAAAGAGCCUGGAGAAUGAGUGUGAUGUAUUUUGAAUAAUACUGUAUUCUAAUUGGAGACAGUCUCAUUAUAAAAAUGGACAACCAAAAUUUAUCACUUGGAUAGCAGUUUCACAAAGACAGUAUUGUAAUAGUAGCCGAAAAUAUAGUUUUUGUAAAAGAAUGUACAUUGUUGUGAGACGCUUGUUCUUUCUGUGGAAAGAUGUUUUAUAUGAACAAUUUUCUUUGUUUGAAACAUGAAGGGUACUGAAAAUAAUUCUUGUUUUUUAGAAACUUCUGUUAUUACAACAGUAAGUGACAGGCUUCUCAAGUGUUUUAGAAUAUACUUCUGCAAUAGAUUUUGUUAAAUAUUUUCCAACAAUUCUACUUUUACAAAAAGGGUAUGCUAAAAUUUUGGAUAUUCUGAAGUUGUAUUAGUUGCCAUGUCUAGAAGUGGUUUCAAUCCUGCAGUGUGUAUGCUCUGUAAACUUUGAAAACUGAUAAAAAUUCAAUACAACAUUUUUCAUCAAUCGAAGCUCAGUCAUCAUUAUUGAAAAUAGGAUCUUAUCAAACUCCUGUAGGCUUUGAAGAAAAUGGAAGUAGGAAUGUUAUAAGCUAAGGAAUUAAGUUUUUUUUUAAUUUGUGGUUAUAGCUUCAAUAACAUAAUCAUACAUACUUGUGUAGAUGCUCACCUAAUUGUCUUUAAAUUUUGAACAAAAUUUUUAUGCUUAGUACUAACAACUGAUCACUUGGCUCUUUUUUCUUUGUGUAGAGAUAUGUGUAAUAAAUAAACUUAGUAUUCCGAAAAUUGUUUAAUCUCCAAGUCUAAGUUCAAGGGAGGUCCAGUUCAAUCUACACUCUGGUCAAUACAUGUUAUUGAGCAAUACUAGUUUUAGAGAAUUUCACUCUUCACCAGUAACCCUGAACACAAAUUAACCAAAGAGAGAUAAGCUGGACAUAUAUUGUAGUGAAAAAGCAUCAAACAUUGUUGGUGUGAAUGUGCCUUAUAUUCACUAUAAGAAAAAAAACCCUAUACACUGGAGAGGUGAAGUGAAAAAAAGUGUCAUUGGCCUCUAUUCAGUUCUUCACGUUAUGUGCGGUUAUACAAUGUGAAGAACAGAGUAGUGUCCAAUGACACUUUUUCUUUACUUCAUGUACCCAAGGUAUAGGUUUCCUCAUAGUGACUUAAAGCAUGUUCACACCAACAAUGCUUGAGAGAUGUGUACAUCAUUUUUUGAUUUAUGGAUUUUUUAUUUUUAAUUUUCUUUGUUAUAUAUUUUUUGGUACUGAUACAGAAAUUGCAAGACUACUUGUAGGAAGAACGUAUAAAAAAAAAUAAUUGAAAUAUGGUUCGUUGCAAAUCAUUUAAUGUAUGCUCUGAUCAGAAAAUUAAUGUGCUGGUAUUAUUGUGAAAUGUACAAUCCUAGACAGCAGUGUAUAGUAAAAAAAAAAAAAUCUUGACAUAGUUAUGGUCACUGCCUUCUGCUAUGCAUGAUAUAAUUUUCAUACCAGAAAUCAAACAAGUUUCAUAAUUAAAUAUGCACACACUGUCAUAAACAAAUAUUCUAAUGCAACAUAAGGUAGACAUUUAAAAUCUGUUUUCCUGUGAUGUAGUACAACUCAUUUUCUCAUCUCUGCUGCACUUAGUUGAAGCUAAUUUAAAAUUAAUAAUAGAAGCUAUUCAGGUGAUAUGUGUACUUGUAUGUCUAAAACUAAAUUAAGAAUGGACCAUAUAAAUUGCACAUAAAUGGAGUUUAAAAGCAUAUUUCUAAUGGGCAUGAUAUUGUUUUGUUGCUUUACAAAUUAAUAUUUCAUUGAAAGUUUUGUUUUUCCUUUAUCAAGAGUUUAGACCAUACUAGUAAGGGUGUGUAGAACAAAAGUUUAACAAGUAAAGUUCUUUAUGUUGUAGGAUAUAAUUGUAAUAAUGUGUAUUCGGUGCUUACAUAAACUAUCUUUCACCAUAUCUCAUCAAAAAUAUCUCUAUAAAAGAUUUUACAGUUUUUAGCUCAAUGAGAGAAUAAUUAUGUCUUAAGGGAUGUGUUUGAUUGUUAAAGGUCUACAAAAUGUGAAAUGUGUAUACAUAUGUGUGACUAUAUGUAUAUAUGUUUGGUUCCCUCCAGAGAUUAAAUAUUCCAUUGUACUAUAAAUUUAGUUAAGUUGGGGAAAUAUGGGUCGGUCUUUUAUAGUUUUAAUACUUCUGUGCAUAUAAACUUGGUAGAUGAAAACCAUUUUAUGUCAAAAGUUUUAAAGAAGCAGUAGUAAAGGGAUUUACAAGCACAUAAGUUCUUUUUAUUUUAUUUUUUGUUCAGAAAAAUUCAGAAAUGUAACUUGCAGCAUUCGUAUGUUGAUUAGAAAUUUUCUUGGUGUUAAAAAAGCAUAGGAUUAUAAGCUACAGUGUUCUUCUGUUGCACAGCAAGUGAAAGAUUGUAAUUUAUAAGGUCGUAUAGUGUUUGUGAAAUGUAGGAAUGUAAGUUAAUGCUUAUGUUUUGUUAAACCAUUACAGAAUGGAAAUUACAAUAAGAUGUUGUUUGAGUUCAGGAAUGUAGUUAUUUUGUUUAAAAAAGAGUAACAAUGUCUUAUUUUUGUGUAAGACUAGUGUCAGACAUGUCAUCUUCAAAAAAAAAAAUAGAAAAAAAAAGA